GUCGACGGAGGAGUGGCAUCAACGUUGGUUUACUUUCUGCUUCUCUCUCUGCUCCAGUGUGUCCACAGAGGCGAAAAUGGAUGAAACUGAAACAGCUCAUCCGUGUCAUUCCCUGCAGACAAGGUGCUGUGCAGAUAUGACUCAAGCCUGAAGCAUCUGAGACCACAUCGUUCGGGAUGGAGACUCUGAAUUCCUCGCACAUCCCAAACAUCAGCAGUGGCGACAGCAGCCUCUUCGCUGGAAGCCCGUACGCGACUGUGGAGAUCGUGCUCAUCAUCCUGGUGGCUGCAUCUCUGAGCCUGAUCACCGUCAUCGGGAACAUCCUGGUCAUGCUCUCGAUCAAGGUGAACAGGAACCUGCAGACCGUCAACAACUACUUCCUGUUCAGCCUGGCGUGUGCAGACCUCAUUAUCGGCGUCUGCUCCAUGAACCUCUACACGGUCUACAUUGUGAUUGGCUACUGGCCCCUGGGAGCGGUGGUGUGUGACCUGUGGCUGGCUGUAGACUACGUCGUCAGCAACGCCUCGGUCAUGAACCUGCUCAUCAUCAGUUUCGACCGCUACUUCUGCGUCACCAAACCGCUCAGCUACCCGGUGCGCCGCAGCACCAAGAUGGCCGGCCUGAUGAUCGCAGCAGCCUGGGUCUUGUCCUUCAUCCUGUGGGCUCCUGCUAUCCUGUUCUGGCAGUUCAUAGUUGGCGGGAGAACCGUGCCGCCAGACGAGUGCUACAUCCAGUUCUUCUCCAACCCGGUGGUGACCUUCGGGACGGCCAUAGCAGCGUUUUACCUGCCGGUGGCCAUCAUGAUCUACCUUUACUGGCGCAUCUCCAAGGCCAGCCGCAGCCGCAUGAGGAAGGACAGCAGGAAGGCCUCGGGAACCAGCCUGGGAGAAGGUGCCUCUCACAGCCAGGAAGAAGGAUGUGAGAGCAACUGCAUCAUUGCCAAAAAAGCUCAGGAGGAGGCUGGAAAUGGGAAGGAGAAGGAAACGCAGCAGCAGCAGAACGGAAACGGCCCCUGCAAGGAGGAAAAGCCCAACCAGGCUGGCUCCAGGAAAGCCAGCAUCAACCCUUCAACGUCUAAGGACACUGUGAUUCCAAAUCCAUCACGAAAGAGCUCAAGCUGUGGGAGAACUCUAACACAGCCUCCUUCCCCAGACAACUCAUCUGCUGACAGACAAAGUGCGGUUGCUAGGACUCUGUUGAAGGUAACAAAGCGUGCUGUGAGUGAGGGUGCUGUGGCAAAGUGGAAAAGAAGGGGCAUCUCUUCCAGGGAGAAGAAAGUAACGCGCACCAUCAUGGCCAUCCUGGUUGCUUUCGUCGUCACGUGGACGCCGUACAACGUGAUGGUCUUGAUCAACACGUUCUGCUCCAUCUGCAUCCCCAACACCCUCUGGACCAUCGGCUACUGGCUCUGCUACAUUAACAGCACCAUCAACCCGGCCUGCUACGCCCUUUGCAACACCACCUUCAAGAACACCUUCAAGCAUCUGCUCCUGUGCCAGUACAAGAAGAUACGAGCAGCGCGAUGAGGGCGUUCGUGACGGAGUCGAAUCAAUGUGACGAAUCUUAAAGCAAAGAAUGACGACAAAUAUUGGAAGUUUAGUGUUGAAAAAUAGACUAGGUGUGUUCUUGUUGGGCUCCAUUUAUUUUUCGAUGGUAAUUUACUCCUACUUUGACUGAAAAUGGAACUGUGUCUCAAUAUAUAUUUGUACCACGAACUAAACUUUUUAAUUUUAAGGAUUUUAAUAAAGACGUGGCAUUGUAUUAUAAUUCAACAGACAUUUACUAAGCUUCAAUGAUUCUGUUUUAGGGCUGCCCCCAACCAAAGAUUACCCCGGCCGUGUAGUAGUCAUUAAUUGACUAGUGGUAGCAUGUUUGAAUAGUGUAUAGUUAUCUAAACUAUCUAACAUUUGAGCAAGUUAUGAUACAAAGUGAGCAAUCAUGGAUUACUUUUAUUUUUCAGCAGAAAGGGGAUGUAGACUUCAGGUAUAAGCUAGGCACACAAGCAGCUUUCUCCUCCCCUUCUACUAUCUAUGUGGCAGCAUUUUCAAAAUCCAAUUGCAAUAUCUGUGCAAUAAGGCGGCCCUGCAUGUUUUUUUUCCCAGUCAAUUUGUCAUUUUAAAGACAGUGCUGGCCUCCCUGCAUGCAAAUGCUCCAAAAAAAAAAACAAUCCCCUGUCACUGUGUAGAGGGGACAUCAUUGCUGCAUCCUGGGCUUAGCACCGCCCAUUGAGACUGUGAUUGGUUUAAAGAAAUGCAAACAAGCCACAGCUUUUUCCCCCUUCCUCUAUAGCAGAAUGACCAACCCGGUCUCACGGGGAUUCGUGAAACUGUCACGUAAGUUUUAGUUUCGGUUUCGUGUGCACCAACACGAUUUCGUCAUGUUUUUCGUGGCGCUCACCACGAAAUGUUUUUCGCUGUGGUAAUCACAUCUGAAAGUGGUUUAUACCGGCGGAUUCAUGACGAUCUAAGCUGUCCAUCGGCGUAUACUGCUUGUGUGAUCGCGUUUGCGGCCGCCGGCCGCCGGACAUUCUUGAAAUUCCUAUGCAAAUUGGUAAGUGUACCACCGGCUUAUGGUUAGGUUAUGGUUAUGGUUAUUGUUAGGGUUAUGUUUAGGAACGAUGUCAUGCAAAAUAUAGCGUUGGAUUCGCCACGGUUUUACAUUAAAAAUAUAAUAUACACAUUCUUUUGAAAUACGUUCUGAGUGGCACGAAAAGUCCGCCGUUUAAAAUACAUUGGUGUGCAUUUCGUGGUGAGCGGCACGAAAAACAUGACGAAAUCGUGUUGGUGCGCACGAAACCGAAACUAAAACUUACGUGACAGUUUCACGAAUCCUCGUGAGAUCGGGCUGGAAUGACAGUGGGGUGCAGUCAGAUCAUUCUACACCGUGCUGUGUUAAUGAAUGGAUGGUCUGGCUAUGUGGGAAAAUGUCACCUUCCUGGUCAUCAUUUACCUUCUCAAAAUGAUGGAUUUCCUGCAAGCAAUGUGUAAUUACUAUCUAAAAACCAAACUGACCAGCAAUGCAAAUGAUAAUGUCCGUGUAAAUGCGAGGUUUAUUUGCGACCAACCUACUAAUGAAGACUCUUUGCGUCCGCCUCCGUUUGGUUGACUAUUUGGGGGCAGCCCUACUUUUAAAUGUGAAUAACCACAUUUACUUAAAGUGUCUUUUGUUGUUGGAGUUUUUCAGUGUUUGUCUUUUUCCCUUAACAUGAACUUGUACAGUACGUUGUUUCAAGUUGUGGUUGAUGUGACGGUUUUGUGACCAAAGCAGUGAUUUUAAAGAAGUCUAAUGCAAAGGAAAGGUGAUAUAAUGUAGAGAAGAACGCAGUGUUAUUAAAGCGUGAUGGCCGACACUGAGCAGCAAAAGAGGAAAAAUAAGCCAAACUGCAUGAAAGCUUCAAAUCGAAUUAAGAAAAGAGAAUUAGCAGCUGUAAACUGAUCUGUGUCCUGUGUGAGUGUGUGUGUGUGUAGGUGUGUGUGUGUGUGUUUCCUCUCUUGUUAGAUUUACUGUCAUAUUAAGCUGACAUCUGACAUUAAUGGCAUCUGUAAUCCGUGUUGUUGUGACAUGAGUCCAAAUAUGACAUUUAUACACACCUUCCAUUCUUUCUACAUGUUUUCUGUAAAUAAAAAGACGAUGGCUGUACAUUUAA